AAGGGAAUAUAGUUUCGGAGCGCAGUGUGGGCUGUCGUCGUAAUAAGAUAGUGAUGAUAUAUCGAUAUGUUGUAGAGCUUGCAGCAACAAUUGCGGUGACAGUCAGCGCCCCCAGGACUGCAAAUCAAAACAAAUAUAGAAUAGUUUCGCUGCGAGAGACUGCGCCAGUGCGUUCGAGUGAUUUGCCGAGAGGUUAUAACUUUUGAGUUUCUUAAUUUUAUAAACUGUCGUCUUUGAGGUAUAAUUUUGCAUACCUCCAGUAUUUAUUAUCGAAUGCUGGAUAUGGAAGAAAGCUACAGAAAUAUGGAAACUCAAAGAAAGAUCGCUGAGCCUCUCUUGACGAUACCCAAACCAAAGACUCAGUUUCUACAGCAGCAGCCACAGCUGCAGACAAAGAUUUCCAAUGGUACUGGAAAGUCAAAGUAUACGGAGCUGCUGCAGGUUAUAGGAGAGGUGGGCCAACACAUUCGUCCAAGCUAUGCAGGUCAUCGAGGUUCUGCGGAGAAAAUUAGACAAGGCAUCAUAAAGGCUCGUGCUCUAGUCAGAGAAUGCUUGAUAGAGACUGAAAGAAGCUCUCGCCAGUGAAGCUAGUGUUCACUUUUUAAGCUUUUUGCGUAGUAUAUUUCAGAGUAUUUUUACUGAAAAUUGUAGAGAGAUGACUCAACUUUUCCUAAUCUAUUAAGAUUGAAAGUCAGCCAAAAACUACCUCUCUGAAUGCAAGAUAUUUGCAUCUAAGACUUGAAAAAAGGCAGAGUACAUUUUUAAAUUUAUAUUACAUAGUAUUUUUGAUGCAAUGAAUUUUUAAUGAUGGACCUGAUUAAUUUUAAGAUAUAAGUCUUACUGCCAGUCAGUAUGUGAUAAGUAUACUAAAGAAAAAUUGUCUUAUAUUGUCUAAAAAAGAGUAGAUUAUCAAAGUACAGGAAGAAAGUACAAAAGCAUUUAUUUUAUUAAAUGCGGAUCUACACUCUUAAAAAUAUUUUAUCCUCUUUGUGAGCACUAAUGCUGUUUUUUAAACAUUGAGUUUAUAGUUUCAAUAUUUACCCGCAUAAUAAUGCGUAUAUUAUGUACAAAAACUACCAAUUCUAUACAAGAUUGAUAGACCACUAUUGUGAUGAAAUGAUUGUUGUUUUAACUGUAAAAAUAUCUAACGCAAAGGCCAACUUUGUACAAUGACUAACAAUCCCCAUUGUGUUUACCGUUUCAAUGUAUUGAACAAUGUGAGGGAGCUGUACACACUCUUUUUGGAGUCAUUGACACUUUCUCUUACUAUAACAACAAAGAUUUGUAAUUACCAUAUACAUAUUAAUCUUAACAAUAAAUAUUGAUCUCAACAAUCUGAAAUGGUGUUCCACUACUCCAUUUAAGUUUACCCAAAGAAUUAAACCAAAAUAGAAUAAUCCAAAAUGUUCCGAACACUCGACGUAUUCGACACCGAGUACUCGGCCGACUCGGUCGAAUGGUGUCCAGCCGAAGACUUCCAGAACAUAUUCGCUUGCGGUACUUACCAGCUAACAGAAAAGGACGAGAAGGACAACCCCGGCCCCGAGGACGAUAAGAAAAAGCGAAUAGGCAGGAUCUACCUGUUCCAAGUUACCAAAAUCGACGAAGAGCCAAAACUGAGUAAACUUCAACAAAUAGAGGUGGCAGCUGUUCUCGACAUGAAAUGGGCCCACGUCAGGUGUCUCGGCGACAGGAUACUUCUGGGAGUCGUCAACGCGGCGGGUUUCCUACAGAUCUACGAGCUGACCAAAUCCUCGACCGAAGCUCCGAGUCUCAGUCUCGUCUCUGAAGUUUCGAUAGGUGAGGACGACGGCGAAGAUCGCCUCGCGCUGUCCCUGGAUUGGUCUACUGGUCGAAGGUUUGAUUUGGAAGAUCAAGAUGUGGAGAUAACGGUCAGCGAUUCUGGAGGAUCGAUUUCGGUGCUCAAACUGGGCGACGGUGGAAAGAGCCUCGAGAGGGUUCACUUCUGGAAAGCUCACGAGUUCGAGGCCUGGAUCACGGCCUUUGAUUAUUGGGACACCAAUGUCGUUUACAGCGGUGGCGACGACUGCAAAUUUCUUCGUUUCGACACCCGUACCGGCCCUAAACCGACGAUGACCUGUCGAGUCCACGAGGCUGGCGUGACGAGCCUCCACAGCAAUUGGGAGCGAGAGUACUCCCUUGUUUCCGGCAGUUACGACGAGAUCGUCCGAACCUGGGACACGAGACAAUUGCGUCGACCACUGGGCGAGCUGUCCCUGGGCGGAGGCGUCUGGAGGCUGAAAUGGGACCCCCGCGAGGCCCGACUCUUACUAGCCGCUGGAAUGUACAACGGCUUCUUCGUAGUAGACUGUGAUAUAGAACAGAGCCCCAAACUCGUGGCCGAGUACAAGGAGCACAAGAGCAUCGCCUACGGCUGCGACUGGUCGUUCGCGAAAAGGGACGACAAAGAACUUUUGCUCGCGACCUGCUCGUUUUACGAUCACGCUUUGAAAUUGUCGUCCGUCGAGCUGUCCGAUGAUGCUUAGAGUGUGUGUGUACUGUAUAGUGUGUACGAUAGCAUAUUUACGCUUAAUGUGUACGUCGUAUUUAUUUCUUUUAACGUUAUAAACAUCUUUUCGACAGAAAUAUAAUACGCAUAUGCGCCCACGCUUGUAACGCCGUGUCGAUUCGUUCCGAAUCGAUAGAGCGAGGGAUAUACUACAUUAGGGAGGGUCUUUCCACCAAUAUAUAGUACACCACCCACCUCCCCCCCGAAACACUUUUGUACAAACGCAAACUCUUUCUCUCUCUCUCUCUCUCUCUCUCUCUCUCUCUUUGUGUAAAUAAAUGCCUAAGGCGCUCGUCGCCGAAUUGUACCAAAAAAAGAA